AUGAAUCAUGUCAGUAACAGCGCAAAUCCUGAACGAAAAAGGAGAGAGUAUGAUUAUUCUAACCGAUCUAAGGCUGAUGGUGUCACUUUAGACCAGCCUACAGUUGAACACCGUUGGAUUAAUUUAUCUGCUCUCAAGGAAAGUCUAUUUGAUUUCGCUUUUUUAUUGGACUGUUGUGAGCCAGGUUCAAUACCGGAACCACAGCUUAUCGCAGCAUUAUUUGAUUUGGAUGCACCAGUUUUAGCAAGAGCUUGUUUGCUAAUUGAAUGUGCUUUCCUAGUUCAUCGUUGUAAUCAUGGGGAAUGGGCUGGAUGGAUGAAAUUCAAUUUGCCAAGUUCAUUUCGUUCAAGUGCUGGCUAUAUUAGUAGCAACAAUAACAGCAAUUUAUUACAAGCGAAUGAUAUUAAUAGCAGCAGUAACCAACCCAUGGAUAUAUCAGAAAUUAAACGUUUAGCUGGCUACCUGUUUUAUGCAUGGGGUGAAGCUCUAGGACACAGACUGCAAUAUUUUACAGCUUUACUGUCUUCAUCUAAAGAGUCGAUUAUUAGUAAUUCUAACACAACUAAUGAAAAGACUUUUGGAGGUGAUAAAAGCAAGGAUUCAAAUCCUCGUCCCCAGUUCUCAAACCCUGAAAUUGAACAAAACUUUCUCGAUGAUGCUUCAGUUAAUCCAACUGGUGAAAGCUGUCCAUAUGCAUUGUUGACAAUUGGCGUUCAACUACUAUUUGAAAUAACAACAUAUCUUAGAGAAACACACCAGCGUUUACCGCAAGACAAUUUGGAUUAUGAUGGGAAAUAUAGUCAUUCAUCGCAAAAUUCAUCAAGAAAUUCAAUGACCAAGCGUUCGUUAUCCCGAGAAACCAGUAGUAGUGAUAAAAAACCCGAUGCCUUCAAACACAGUUAUUUUACUGGGAGUGGUGGUACAUCUUUUAAAAGUGCCAAAAGACGUUUGAGUAUACUGAUGCCAAUAUUUGGCAGUACAGGUAACAACAGUCCAGAAGAUGAUUCAGAGAAACAAACAACUCCAACUACGAAACCUGUGAUUGCUACUCCCCCUGAUCAGUCGAUUUCUGGUCGUCGAACUAUUUCUUCAAGACGCAUAAGCUUUGCAGUCUUGGGAGAUUCUAAAGAGUCAUCAGAGUCAACAGCUGCAAGUGCAAACCAUCUUGAUCAGUCAUUAGAAGCAAAUGAAUCACAGCAUCGCUUAUCCGUCAGUAAAAGUCUUCUUCGUCGUCAUCGAGGAUCUGGAAGUUUUAGAUGUUUCACUUCUCGUGGAUCUGACUUACUUAACGGAUUUGAUCAAAAUCCUAAUCAUCUAGGACAAAUGAAUCGUGCCAGCAGCGGUGAUGUCUGUACUGAAAUUUUUGAUGAUUCUACUGAUAACCCCGGGACUCCAGCUUCAGAGGAUGACGUUCAGGAAGAAGUUCAUCAUGAGACAGAACAUAACGCUAUGCAGAUGAGUCAUAUUAGCAAACCAUUAAUGCAUGCAAAUCCUUUACGCUCAAGAUCAAGACAAAGACACAAUUCUAGGCAUGAUGAAGCAAUUAAAUCCCAUACAUCUGUUCGGCGCUCAGUAUCAGCGGCUCUUUCAGCCAAGCGAUCAUUAAAAAACAACACUAUUUACUCUGGAGAAGGUGAAACGUAUCAUACCGAUGACUACACAUCGCAUAUGCCAUGGAUUGAUGCUGUUAUAGAGUUUGCAAACUAUACAAACUUUAAUUGUGAUCAUCAGAACUCAUGUUCUUCAAACUGUUUCGAAUACCAACAGCACCAGUGUCGAAAUUUAUUGAAUGCAAUAAAACAGGUUUAUGAAUCGGCAACUGAAAGUAAAUUCGUUAUAUCCGUUGAUCGUCAGUAUAUGAGUUCUCCAAGUAGUAGUAGUACUACUACCGCGAAUGGAACCUCCGCUACUUCUACCAACACUACUGCUAUGUCGUCAGCAACAAUGGGAACAACAUCAUACCGUGGUUCAAACACAGUGUGUGAUGCAGGCACGUCAUCCCCGUCAUCUUUUAACUUGAUACACCAAAAUAAGGUGAACUAUUCACGUUCAGAAAACUCCUCUGACCAAGACGAUUCAUCACAUGCAGAGUCUACAGAUCUCUCUGAUUCAGAUAUUGCACAUCAAGAAAAACUUAAUUCCAGAAAUUUAAGAAGUAAGAAUAAAACACUGAGAAGUUCAACAAAUAUUAUUCAGUCUAACGACAGUUUAACCGGUCUAAGUAAAUCAGGUGAUACUGAUGUUGAUGUGAACAAUUAUCUGUUGAUGCAACGUAGUACCCUAACAUCUGGACCUGGAAGUGACUUUUGGAAAAAUAAAUCAAAACUGUUCAGUAAAGCUGCCAAGAGAAAAGAGUCAAAUUUGAUCGGACCAAGCUCAAGUCGUGAGAACAUGAAUCUACUCGAUAAAAUUCGGAUGAAAUCAUCUUACCGUUCGAUUAAUCUGAGUUCUUUCGAAGGUGAUGCACCUGGUUUGACAGGUCUAAUCAAUCUAGGCAUGUUGGCUGGAGCAGGUGCAGGUCUGCUGAGAAAUUCUCGUCCAAGUAUUAGUUUGAAUCCACCACUACUUGGGAUUGAAGCAGAUGGAACAAGUGACAUUUUGCCAGGCUGUGAAGAUGAUGAUGAUGAUGCUAUCAGAGGACAGGUUAGGCGACCUGUUCGAUUUCGUAAACCGCAUAUAGGAGAAUUACCAAUUCAGUGUUAUUUGGAUAAUCAUGUAAAGAAUUUGUGCAGUAGCACCUUCAAUCUUCUAAAUAAAGCAGCUUUGCUUCUUACUAAUAAUCAGCUAGCCAAGAUGCUUUUAUUGGCGUGGGAGUUGUUAUUGGAAACGGAAACAGAACUAUCAUCUAGUGCAGCUUGUUUCAUACUAUUCUGUGGUGUACGGUGUCCACAAAUUGUUCAAGAAAUGAUUUUGGAAGAAAUGAGGCACGAAAAGCCAACGCAACGAUUUAAUGCUAUUUUAAGAUUCAGAACACUAUGGUGUCAUCGUUUUCAUGUUUGGUCACGUCUCGAAGAGAAUGCUUCCAAUCAACUGAGAGUACCACCACCAUCUAUUGAAUUUGUCUUGCCUUCACCAACUUUGGGCUAUCCUGGGUUUGAGGCACCCGACCCUGUUUGGCAAAUCCGUAAAGGUACAUCGGCUGAGGAAGUACAACUGAAACAAAACGAAGCUACAAAAACGUUUGUCACAGCUUCGACAUCUCGGCGUAAGCAACAACAGGAGUUGUUAGCUCGUGCCAUAGCCACAGAAACAAUGAGAAGAAGAGAAGCAAGGCAGUCGUUUCACCUGACAACCUGUCCUGUUCUAGAACGAGCUGCUAUCGAACCUGCAUUUAAUAAAGAACAUAGAGAUGAAAGUAACAUUGAUGAUGGUCUGACGAAUUCUGGUACAGUUAACAGUGGAACAACUGCUGGACAGAUUGGAGGUUCCAGUUCAAUACAGGAUGAAUAUACUGCAGCUGUCCGAAGGCUGAGUCUCGCACCGAUUAACCGCACUGUGCUAAAUCAAGCCCGUAAUUUAUCUUGGCGUCAGAGUUCAAUACCUUGGUUAAGAAACAGUGUUGUAGCACAUGACGAUGAAGAUCGAUGGUUAAGUGGAUUCCAUUCUUUAUUUCCAUCACAACCACUUCAACAAGCUCAAAUGGUAUUCCCAUCAGCUUUAUGCUCUGCAUCCGUUUCACUAAUUCAUCUUUUAGAUGAUACUGCAAUCAAUGAACAUGGAAUAGCCGUUAAUACAAUCGCUGAAUACGUGAUAUUCAAUUGUUUACUAGAAGAUACAACACUAUUUCUGAGAUUUAUAUUUGAACGUCUUACACGUAUUAAAAAUAAAGAUGAACUAAUGUUCAUUCUACGUAAAAUGAUUCAACGUUUACCAGAGUUGCCUACACAGACUGCACAUGCUUUGUUCAACAAUUUAGUUGGCUACAUCAUGUUUCACAUACGUACACCAAAUUUUAAUGCACCUCAAUCCAUUGCUGGUGCGCUAUCCGUUUUGCACUUGGUAAUACCACAUGUGCAAAAUAUUUACUUUAAAGAUUUGAAACAAACAAUGAGGCGAGAACAGAUUGAUUCAACGCUAUUGUUGACAGCCAAUUUACCUUGUGCCAAACAAUUCAAUGUAUUCGAUAAUAGUAUUGGUGUCGCUCAGUUGGUUCGUCUGCAGGAUGAAAAUAAGGAUUAUCAGUUCGAUGAUAUUGUGAAAGAUGUAUUAUCAGCUAGUGAUAUAUCUGAUGACGAAAGAAGCUCUUAUUACCUGUGCGAUGAACGUUCUCAUAUCAUUCGCAAUUCUUCUCAUUAUAUUCGUGAUUUCUAUCCAUUCAAACGUAAUCAUACACCUAAGCUACGCUUGCGUCAAUUCGAUAAGAAACACGGCAUGUAUUUAUUGCAACAAAAUGCUCUCAAUUUGAAGUUCCAAGAAAUUGGUAAGGUGUUCUUCACCCUCUCAGUACUUAAAUGUACGCCAACAGCACAGAUUCCUAAUCAUGUUUUCUUUCUACACGAGGAACUAAACAAGCUGCCGUCAUUUCCGCGUAAAGCUCUAGAGUCAGAUUUCAGUCUUUAUGAAUGGCCAACAUACGGACGUCCACUGUUUGCAUUGGAUACAGUGCAUAAACUAUCUUGGUGUCACUUACUGUCUAAUUUGUUUAUGAUGAUGCCUAAAACAUAUCCAUGGUCAUCAGAUCUACAAAUAUUUCUAAAUGUAUAUAAUGGAACAUUGAUAUUGCACGCAGAAGACUCAUCCGUUUUACGCCAGUGUUUAGCAUUCUUUAUACAGUGUUGUUACCAAUUCAAAACAGUGUUUUCAACUACAGGCUAUACGGGUGUUGUACCAACAAUGAUACGUGUCUAUAACCAGCAUACGCAUAAUUCAGUGCUUACACAGGCGAUUGAAUUUACAUUUAGACAGUUUUAUGUGAUGCACCGAACUCCCUUUAUCUUACAGUUAUUAGGAAGUAUUGCUAAUUACGUAACAAUCAACAGUGAAAUAAUCGGUGUAGGGGAUGAUUUUUAUCGGAUCCAGCCGGCUACCUUGUACCGACUGUUGAGAGUCAUAAGUCGUCCGUUAGAUGAUAAUCUCCGCAUUCUGGAAUUGUGCAAUAUUCAAAAACCGUUAGAAGCUUUGGAUUUCUGCUAUGACGAUGAAGAUGCGAACUGGUCUAUUUUAGAAGUGAUUAAUCUGUGUGUUGCAGUCAUCGUAUAUGCUCCAGAUUCCUAUAGAGCCAGACAAAUGCUUGUAAUUCUUCAAGCUUUACUUCCACUAAUUCUGAAAGAUUUACCGUACAUUUGUGCUGAAGAAGGCAGUGGUACCGAUCCUAAAAAGGCUGAGUUGACGGCAAUUCAGAAAAUUUCAGUUGCAAUACGUCAGUUAAUUUCAACAACGGAAUUUAUGACAAGACGAACAGAAGACGCACGCCAGUUAAACUAUCUUGCACCAGGUGGACCAGCAGAGUGCCGCAAAGAAUCACCCGGUCGUUUACUAACUGGUGUAGCUAGUCGAUUAGGAAGUUAUGAAACCGCUAGGAAUAAUUUAACAAAAUCACUGGAUAAAACAAAAGGCACUGAAACAGCUCAGAAAAAGACAAAACGUGAUUUAUGCAAUGAAAUCAAUAAUUUACCUUUGAAUAAAGGUUUCCCCUUAUCCGUUGGUUCAAAUGUAUCACGUGACAGAGAAAAUCAGUCAAGUCAAAUGUUGGCCAGUUCUGUUACUGCGACUAGUGGCCAUCAGAGUUCAACGGCUUACGAACCGCGAGAAGCUGUGUUGCAGUUGGCCUGUGAAUUUCUAUCUACAUGUUCAGGCCGUCUUUUAGAAAUGGAGGAAAAACAUCGUGUCUCUGAUUUACUGGACACUAAAUCACAUAUGAGACUAGCUGAUAUAGCUCAAUCAAUGCUAAAACAUGUUUCCAACAGUCCAGAUUUCCUGGCCAGUACAGCUUUACAACGUUAUUUUUUGGAUGUACUUCCUGUCAUAGACUGGAGCCACGAGUCGUUGAGAUCUUGUAAAGCAUUAGAAUGCCUUUUGGGAAGAUUAAAUAGAACCUUACCUAAAAUGCUAGAGUUCGCUAUUAAAUCAAAGGCGAUUCACCAUUGGGAUGAAAUUGUUAAGCUGAUCCGAUCAGUUUAUUGUGUAUUGAAAAAGAACCGAUCAGUGGCACAUAUGAAAGAAAUUCGCAUUUUAAUUGAAACCCUGAAAAAAGCAAUCGUUUUUGAUAUAUCUGGAUGUGCAUCUAACUUUCCUAAGUCACGUUUAGACAUUCAGCCUAAUCAUACCAUAGGUCAUCACAGUAGACCAAGUUUUGGCGAGGUGUUAUUCGGAAUUACAUCGCAAGAAUCCAGUAGUAUAAGUGCUUCAGUUGGAGUUGUGAAACCUGCUGGGAAAUCGAAACAUCCUCCUGUGAACGGUGAAGCAGGAUCGCAUUGUUCACCAAGACAUAGUAAUCAAGAAAAUGUCUACGAAACAACAUUUGAUGAUAGUGAUAUAUACGCAUGCCAGUUUGCAGCUGAAGUGAUUCGUCUUUUAUCCCUGUUCUCACAAAUCUUAGGAUCUCACUGCAGUUUAAAAGAUUUAUGUGAACGAAUCUCACCAGACUAUAAUAUUCGUUUCCCGACUUUACUAGAAGGCGGAUUUCAGACGCUUGUCAUUUAUUUGAAUAAUCUAAUAUUACCACUAUUGUUCAGAGGUUGUGCUGGACGUAAAGAUUCACCAACUUUAUCAAGAGACAAUGUCUUCUAUGCGCUGGACGUAUGCAUAACAGCCUUGUUUGCAAGUGACAAUGUAUCUAAUGUUGUUGGACAAAAGACGGCACGUAACUUGACUGCUAUGAGUAAUUCAACACAGCAACAACAGCAACAAGCAUGCGAAUCUAGUCCAUCUGGUCCGUUAUCAAGUAAACCAAGGGAUAAAACUAAUAAAAGUCAAACUGGUACCACAGGUUUUGAACUGCGCAUUAAUCCAAGUAUUUCAUUUAAUCGUCCAGCGGCUGGAUCGAUAGCUCAAGAGAACACUUCGAGCCUUAGUACUAGUAAUAAUAAUAGCACUUUGAUAAAACUGAUUAAUCUGUCCAACCUGUCAACAGAUUAUGAUGGUGGUUCAUAUGCAAGUUUAACACGUUUACUAAGUCCAUCGCUAGUUGCAAUUCUACCUGAAGACUAUGGCCCGUCAGUUGCUCCAGCACAAAUUACUGUACCAAAUAAAUGCCAGGGAAAACAGGAAAGUUUUCAAUUGAAAUCACGUCCUUCAGUUAUAUCACCGUUAAAUAAAACAAAUAUUUUGACUCAGAAAACUCGCCCACAAGUUUAUCAUUCCAAACUUUUAGAUCCUACUUCAGUUUGUCUUGGAUUUCCUACAGAAAAAGUCAGUAAUUUCAAGGCUGAGUUUUCACACAGAUUGGGAUUUUUGGGUCUGAAGUUAAUUCUUGUUGCAUAUACACGUCAUGCAGCUGUCAGAAUGAAGUUAUUGAUUGCUGCAUUAACCCAGCUAGCCUUGAACGGUCAAAAUGGUAUUCAGUUGUGGAAAUUUUUCGAUUUCCUUGUGACAUACAGACCACCAUUAUUUGUUCACCUACUACCGUUUAUACGAUUUAAAAUGGCGUUGCUCCAAUGUGCAACUCAAGGAGAACAAGCAUAUCAGCAGAUUGUCAACCAAAAAUUAAUUGGGUUACAUUUGCCUAUUCCACAAACUAUCGCUUCUGUUUUAAGAAAUCUCUCAAAUGAACUUCAAAUGAUCAAUUCUGAUAUCAAGGUUUUCAGUAAAAGAACUUAUCGUGAAAUAACUCCCCCGAGAACAUCAAGUUUGCACGAUUCACUGCGUCGCUUACGCUCAUCAGAUAAUACCACUUCUGUUUCUGCUCGUAGUAAUAAACAUGCCAAACUAACUAAAAUGGUUUCGAAGGACGCCAGUGAACACACGCAUAAGUCUUCACAUAAAAUGCCUUCCAAAGACCAUGCAAACCAAAGGCCAAGAUUGCAUGUUUUAGCUUCAGUUACAUCGGAUUCUACGUGCAGCAUAGAUUAUCGUGAAGAAAAUAUUAUUGGGAUCUCAAAUUUGGACAAACAGUUGCGCGGAAGAAAAAGCAUUAACCAAGAAUUCAAACAAACUGUUGUAAUACAAAACCCACGGAAACGUAUUCACGCUCAUGAGGGUAGCUGUCUUUUAAUGAGAACCCGAGACUACAGCCAAACAGAUCCUAUCUUAACUGCUUCAGCAGAAAGUUUAGUAAGGAGGAGUCAGAAGGCCGGACACAGAAGGACUAGAACACAUCCUAGUGAAAUGAAAUUGGCCGGAAAUGCUCAUGCAUUUUAUAAAAGUCUUCGCACCGAUGCUCUGAAGACAAGACUAUCAAAUGAUUCGAAUGCAGAUAAUCAAAGUGAAAAUUCUCUAGUGAGUGAAGGCUCAAUAACACCUGUUGGACCUGCAGCUGCUGCUGCAAUCGCCUCAUCGCUUUAUGGUUCUGGUGCUCCUUAUCUACACGCGCGUGUACGAGCACGUCAGGAAUUAGCUACACUAAUAAGAGUGCCAGCACCCAAGUUGCAAACCAAUGAAAGGCUUUCUGAGAUCGACUCUGCGAUUGUACCAGAAGUGAGUGGUGAUGACGAGCAUAAAUCACCAACUAGUCAGAAAUCUGAGUUCCAAUCAAGUCAAAGUAGAACUGGGCAAAAAGUUACAGGGACUAUUGUGUUAAAGCCCAACGAAUUUGAAGAAAAGUCUUCAGAUGAGAAAAACUCUUUCCUUAAAAUCACAAAGACAACAUCGUCAGUGUUUGUGGUACCAGUAACCAUAACAAGCAUAAAUACAAGCAAGAGAACAUUAACCACACAAACAUCACAAGCAGCUGGUGAUACAACUUCAAAUAUUCCAGAAAAAUCUAAAAUUAAUUAUGUUUGAUUUGCAAGUAUUUUGUUUUGGAAAAGCCGCAUUUUCAAAUUAUACACUUAUGAUUCACAAAUUCAACGUACUGCUUUUUCAUGUAAACAAGAAUUACUAAAACUAACUGUAUUUUCUUCGACGUCAAAAUAUUUCUGGAUAUUUUCAACUCUCGCUUUCUUUUCGAACUUAUCUUGUUAGCGUUUCCAUAAAAGUAACAUUUUACAUAUUAACUCCCUGUAUGUGUCUGUGAUUAGAAUAGAGAAGAGUAAAAUGAAGUCUUAGUUGUGCUUUUGUCUUUUACUGGAACAGGUUCAAUCAAGGACACACCUUACGUUAAAGUCCAUACAUUGUAGCCUAACCCUUCUGUAUUCGAUACACAAGGUAUGCCGAUUAGACAUAAGCGCACAACCGGCAGCUGGAAUAGGUUGAUAAUGUGAAUUAGACAGACUAUAGAUUACUUUCUUCAAUACUUAACACCUGACCAUUAUUGAUAGAAUAUAAUCACAAGAAUAACAGGGAUUAUUGUUCAAAUACUAACUACGGAUGUCGGAACUCGCCAAGUAAACUGAAUUGGAAGAUUUAGUUUCCCGUUAAAAAAAGUCAUUACGUUCAAAAUCAUGAAAAAUAGUGUUGCCAAGGUACCCUGGAUAAACACCCAGCAGAUGUAUUGCAUUUUUCGGCUUCUAAACACCAGUUUAUCACAAAACCAAUAUUUCCUAGUCAUAAGAAUGAAGAGACUAGCUCGUCAACAUUUAUUUCCUCGCAAAGACGAUAAAUUACUAAUAUCAGCAGUUAGAAACAACAUGCUCGGCACAGACACAAUACUCUUGUUGGCAAAGUCACCAUUUUCCUCGAGUAUUUCUUCACUAGAUGUUUAACCGAAGACAUGCGAGCCGGUGGUUCAGUGGUAGAAUGCUUGCCAACAACCCACAUAGUUCGUUUCCGACUUCUGAACGGCGGACACCUAAAUCUCGCAUGAUCGGAACUCAAAAGAUUGGAAAACGACAACAUAACUUAUUUCUGAAUUGCCACACAAGCUUGUCUGAUAACUUAUUUAGAGCUUUUCAAGACCAGUGCCGUAGUCUGUAGACAACUGUAGGUGUCUGUUCUCCUGAAUCUCUGGAACCAAGAAUGAUACAAUUCAAUGCCGACGAAACCUCAGCGAGGAUAAAGAAAUAUUGUGUGGCUUUUACCAAAUACAUCACACCUGUCGUAAACGAUAUCCGACGAACGGUCAUAGGACAUGUGCACUGCGCAGCAGUUCGCCCUGUCCUAUUUUAUAUCUGCGAGACGUGGCCGUUGAAAGUGAAACAUAUGAAGAAACUAGUCUUUGGAGGUAUGGCAAGGUACUAUCGAAGUCAGGCGAAGUGUUAGACAAAAAGAGUAGGUAAAACAAUGGUUUCGAAGUUGAAUCAAUGGAGAAAGCUAGGUGUUACGUAUGCCGAACCAUAGCCUCCCUCGUCGAUUAAUGUUAACUGACAUAGGAUUUGGUCGGAAAAGAACAAGGGGUGGUCAAAUCAGAACUGGUAUGAUUCCAUGAAGUCUUUGACUGUCGGUUUCAGCCACGUAGUGAGGUAGGAACAGAAGCUAAGAACUAACGGCUUGAGACUAUUAGUGAGAUAACUCAAAAUUGUUCUGUGGCACAGAUGCAUUUACUUUUUGCAAUCGCCUAGAUCAAUUAGGUCCUCCUAUUUCUCCAUGUUCCUAUUCUUUAUCCCGUAUGUUUCCAAUCAAUGUAGUUCUUUUUUCUACGUCAGUGUGCUACACGGAGUGUGGGAACUUGAAUGGGUGCACUUGUGUAAAAUCUUACGUUGAAAACUCAAAUACUUGGAAAAAGAUGCACGCCUAACGUUACUGAUUAGGUCUUACUAUAUUAAUUCCCACUA